UUUCCAAACUUAUAGAUUAGAUUCCAUUUUCAUUUCAUUUUUCAUCAUCCAAAAACAAGUACCCACAUUUCUUGUUCCUUUCAUUCAUGGCAUCAUCAUCAGCAUCAGCUCUUCUUCAGUUUUGUACAAUUCAAUUUCAUUCGUAUACACAACGUGUCUUCCACGCGCCACCUACCGUCUAUAUAAACCUCCGCCCAUUAUCUUCUCGGUGCUCCGUCAUUACAUGUGCUCGCCGUCGUACUACCAACAGCAGCUCUUCAAUAUCCAGAAAAACCAGCAAAAAGCAAGGUUUUGGUCAAAAAACUGUUGGUAAGGAGGAAGAUAUUGAAGAGGAUGCAUUUGAAGCACUUUUUAAGCAGCUAGAGGAGGAUCUUAAAAACGAUGGCUUAUCAUUUGAUGACGAUGAUGACGAGAUAAGUGAGGAAGAUCUUAUAAAGCUUGAACGUGAGCUGGAGGAAGCACUAGCUGACGACGAAUUGUUAGGAUUGUUUAAUGAUGAUGCGGAAGAUGAUGAGAAAGUUGAGGUGGAAAUCAAAAGCAACAAAGUGUUGAAUAAAAAAGGUACAACGGUCAGUGAAGUAAUUGAGAAGGAAGUUGAAUUUAACAAAGUAAUAGAAGUGGAAGCGAAGCACCAAAAUCAAAGCGAGUGGGAAGGUGAAAUUGAAGAAGACAGAGAUGAAGAUGAUGUAGAUGAAGAAGAAGAAGGACCACUGGAGCUUAAAAGAUGGCAGCUUCGGAGAUUGGCAUAUGCACUUAAAGAUGGACGCCGUAAGACUAGUAUCAAGAAUCUGGCUGCAGACUUAUGCCUCGAUAGAGCUAUUGUUCUUGAAUUACUUCGUGACCCCCCUCCGGAUCUUCUUAUGUUGAGUGCUUCAUUACCUGAUAAAGCCGAUUCAAAGAUAUUGAAGACUGUAAUCACACCUGAGGAUGCUGCUCUGUUGGCAAGUGAAAGAGAUGCAAUAAAAGGUAAUACCACCAAAAAGGUUCCGGUUCAUGAAAUGCAAAAUAACUGGUCUGCUCAGAAGAGACUGAAGAAAGUGCAUGUUGAGACACUUGAAAGAGUUUAUAGACGAUCAAAACGUCCCACUAAUGCAAUGAUUAGCAACAUUGUGCAUGUGACGAAAAUACCUCGCAGGAAAGUUCUGAAAUGGUUCGAAGAUAAACGUGAUGAAGAUGGUGUUCCCGAUCGACGUCUACCAUAUCAAAGGGAAACAGAAGAACAUGAUUCUGAGACCCAUGGGGAUGUUAUAGAGGUUCAAAAAGCCAUUUAGGAGGCAGAGAUCUUAAUGGAUUGCAAUAUUAACGAAAUAGAACCAGUUUAUGCAAAAAGAUGGUAAUAGUAAAGAUCAUGGACCAUUUCAGUAUUGUUGCAGUUUUGGUUGUGGUGGAGUGAGAAAAGGUCAGUAUAAAGAAAAGCUUGGCGUUUACACCCAAAGAUUGUACACACCCUUUUUUUGACAGUACGUGUGGUUGGUACAAUAAUGGUGGUGAUUCAGGUAAAUUGAACAACAGUGAUAAGUGAGUUUGGACACAUGCUAUUUUGUGGAAUCUGUUGUGAAAAUUUUAAGUCUGGUCAUCCUCUUCAUUGUUACUAAUUUACUAGGAACUUUUACCGCGUUUCCCAGCGUGAUUAUAAUGCAUAUUAUAUAGACAAUUUGUGGUAUCAAUAGUUAAGAUUUAUUUCAA